UCGCACGCCGCGGCGCCGGUCACGUGAGGGGCUACGUUUCGCGCCAAUUUCGGUUGGUCGGCCCCAGUCCACCGCGCGGGCGUUCUUUGCUUCCCGGGGAGCGAAACCCGUGAGCCCGCCAACUGCUGCCGCAAGGCCUUCGGCGUUGAUGGCUCUUAAGGACUACGCGCUCGAGAAAGAAAAAGUUAAGAAGUUCCUGCAAGAGUUUUAUCAAGAUGAGGAAUUUGGGAAGAAACAGUUCAAGUAUGGGGACCAGUUGGUUCAGCUGGCUCAUCGGGAGCAAGUGGCACUGUAUGUGGACUUGGAUGACAUAGCUGAGGAUGACCCUGAGUUGGUGGACUCGAUUUGUGAGAACACCAAGCGCUAUGCAAGGCUCUUUGCUGAUGCUGUACAAGAAUUGCUGCCUCAGUAUAAGGAGAGGGAGGUGGUAAAUAAAGAUGUUCUGGACGUUUACAUUGAGCACCGGCUGAUAAUGGAGCAGCGGAGCCGGGACCCUGGGGCAGCUCGAAGCCCCCAGAACCAGUACCCUCCUGAGCUCAUGCGCAGAUUCGAGUUGUAUUUUCAAGGCCCUAGCAGCAGCAAGCCUCGUGUGAUCCGAGAAGUGCGGGCUGACUCCGUGGGGAAAUUGGUAACUGUGCGUGGGAUUGUCACUCGUGUUUCUGAAGUCAAACCUAGGAUGGUGGUUGCCACUUACACUUGUGACCAGUGUGGGGCCGAGACCUACCAGCCGAUCCAGUCUCCCACUUUCAUGCCUCUGAUCAUGUGCCCGAGUCAGGAGUGUCAAACUAACCGCUCAGGAGGGCGACUGUAUCUGCAGACACGUGGCUCCAAAUUCAUCAAAUUCCAGGAGAUGAAGAUGCAAGAGCAUAGUGACCAAGUGCCUGUGGGAAAUAUUCCUCGUAGCAUCACGGUGCUGGUAGAAGGAGAGAACACAAGGAUUGCCCAGCCUGGAGACCACGUCAGUGUCACUGGCAUCUUCUUGCCAGUCCUACGCACUGGGUUCCGACAGGUGGUACAGGGUUUACUCUCAGAAACUUAUCUGGAAGCCCAUCGGAUUGUGAAGAUGAAUAAGAGUGAGGAUGAUGAGUCUGGGGCUGGAGAGCUGAGCAGGGAGGAGCUGAGGCAGAUUGCAGAGGAAGAUUUCUAUGAAAAGCUGGCAGCCUCUAUUGCCCCAGAGAUCUAUGGGCAUGAAGAUGUGAAGAAGGCACUGUUGCUCCUGCUGGUGGGAGGUGUAGACCAAUCUCCUCGAGGCAUGAAAAUCAGAGGCAACAUCAACAUCUGCCUGAUGGGGGAUCCUGGUGUGGCCAAGUCUCAGCUCCUGUCUUACAUCGAUCGCCUGGCUCCUCGCAGCCAGUACACAACAGGCCGGGGCUCCUCCGGAGUGGGGCUUACGGCAGCAGUGCUGAGAGAUCCCAUGAGUGGAGAACUGACCUUAGAGGGUGGGGUCCUGGUGCUGGCUGACCAGGGUGUGUGCUGCAUCGAUGAGUUUGACAAGAUGGCUGAGGCCGACCGCACAGCCAUCCAUGAAGUCAUGGAGCAGCAGACCAUCUCCAUUGCCAAGGCGGGCAUUCUCACCACACUCAAUGCCCGCUGCUCCAUCCUGGCUGCUGCCAACCCUGCCUAUGGGCGCUAUAACCCCCGCCGCAGCCUGGAGCAGAACAUACAGCUUCCUGCUGCUCUGCUCUCCCGAUUUGAUCUCCUCUGGCUGAUCCAGGACCGGCCCGACCGAGACAAUGACCUACGGCUCGCCCAGCACAUCACGUACGUGCACCAGCACAGCCGGCAGCCCCCCGCCCAGUUUGAACCUUUGGACAUGAAGCUCAUGAGACGUUACAUAGCUAUGUGCCGUGAGAAGCAGCCCACAGUGCCGGAGUCUCUGGCUGACUACAUCACAGCAGCGUACGUGGAGAUGAGGCGAGAGGCUUGGGCCAGUAAGGAUGCCACCUAUACUUCUGCACGGACCCUGCUGGCUAUUCUACGACUUUCCACUGCUCUGGCGCGUCUGCGAAUGGUGGACGCAGUGGAGAAGGAAGAUGUGAAUGAAGCCAUCAGGCUAAUGGAGAUGUCAAAAGACUCGCUUCUAGGUGACAAGGGGCAAACAGCUAGGACCCAGAGACCAGCAGAUGUGAUAUUUGCCACUGUCCGUGAAUUGGUCUCAGGGGGCAGAAGCGUCCGGUUUUCUGAGGCAGAGCAGCGCUGUAUAUCUCGUGGCUUCACACCUGCCCAAUUCCAGGCAGCUCUAGAUGAGUACGAGGAGCUAAAUGUCUGGCAGGUCAAUACUUCCCGGACACGGAUCACUUUUGUCUGAUUGCAGCCUGCUUGACACAUCGGGGUUUGCUCUGCGUCCCUUGCUGACCUGCCCCUUCUGAAGGUGUAAUGAUGCCCUUCAGGGGAAGAGUGUCCCCUCUUCUUCCUGUGCUGCACUUGUUUUAUUCAUUUGCCAAUAAAGUGUUUGUAGAUUGCUA